CCUCUGCACCCGGCGGUGGGGUCCUGCGGUGUUUUGGGGCGUGGCAGGGACGGGGAUAAAACCCCACUGUGGUGGGGGACAGGACACCCUGAUCCUGCCACCACCUCCACGGAGGGAGGGUGUGAUGGGGUGGCCCUGCCCGGGGUCUGCUCCCCCCAGCCAACACCCCUUCAACCCUCCACAGCCUUCCUGGGGGGCCCGGGUGAGGGGUCUCUGAGCGCCCCCAGCCUCGGGUGGGCUGGCGAGGGGCCGGGGGCUGGCGGCAAGAACCGGCACGUGUGCCACGCUGCAGCUCGGCUGGAGAUGGGCAGCCUCUGGGAGGAGUUCAACCGCCUGGGCACCGAGAUGAUCGUCACCAAGGCAGGCAGGAGGAUGUUUCCCACCUUUCAGGUGAAGCUGUCAGGGUUGGAUCCGUUGGCCGACUACGUCCUGCUCAUGGAUUUCAUCCCGCUGGAUGACAAGAGAUACAGAUACGCCUUCCACAGCUCGUCCUGGCUGGCGGCGGGCCGGGCAGAGCCAGCGGCUCCCGGGCGCGUUCACUUCCACCCCGACUCCCCGGCCAAGGGAGCCCAGUGGAUGCGGCAGAUCGUGUCCUUCGACAAGCUCAAGCUGACCAACAACCUCCUGGAUGACAAUGGCCACAUCAUCCUCAACUCCAUGCACCGCUACCAGCCGCGCUUCCACGUCGUCUUUGUGGACCCACGGCACGACAGCGAGCGCUUUGCCCACCAGAACUUCAAGUCCUUCAGCUUCCCUGAGACCCAGUUCAUGGCAGUGACCGCCUACCAGAACCACCGGAUCACCCAGCUGAAGAUCGCCAGCAACCCCUUCGCCAAGGGAUUUCGGGACGGCGACCCCGAGCCGUGGUGUGGGGUGCCCGCAGGGUCCCUGCUGGGGGCUGCACGCAGCCAUGGGGCUCUGGCUGCUGCCCCCCAACAAUCAGCAGCACCCCCCAGUUUCCCCGAGCUCUCUGCACCCACCUUCCAGCCCCUCACCUGCCCCCCUGGUGUCUAUGUGGGAGCCAAACCCCGCACCCUGCCCUACCCCCUGCCUGCCUUCCCCCCGCUCAGUACCUACAGCCCCACCGCAGCCCCCAGCUUUGGCUACAGCCAGCAGUGA